AUGAUUUUGGUUAAAGGCUACGAGUAUAUGGGAAAAGUUUCUUAUGUAACAUCAACGGUUCCUUACAUUAUGAUUGUAAUACUAUUCGUCCGCGGAAUCACAUUAGAAGGCGCUUCUGAAGGAGUGUACUAUUACCUUGGAAAACCGGAUUUCAAGAAACUACUAAGUCAUGAGGUUUUGUGA